AUGAAAGAUACUCUGGAAUACGAACAAGAGAAACUCGAUCACACGCCUUGGGUUGAAAAGUAUCGUCCUAAGAAGCUUGAUGAUGUGGCAUCACAAGACCAUGCAGUUAAAGUGUUACAACAGAACUUAAGUCUGGCUAAUCUUCCUCAUAUGCUUUUCUAUGGUCCACCAGGAACUGGGAAAACGUCUACUAUAUUAGCAUUGGCUAAACAAUUGUAUGGGCCUCGGUUGUACAAGUCUCGAGUUUUAGAAUUGAAUGCUUCGGAUGAACGGGGUAUUUCUAUAGUUAGAGAGAAGAUUAAGAAUUUUGCUAGACUUACGAUUUCGAAUCCUACCCAACAAGAUUUGGACGAGUAUCCUUGCCCACCAUAUAAAAUAGUUAUAUUGGAUGAAGCUGAUUCGAUGACUACUGAUGCUCAAUCGGCAUUGAGAAGGACCAUGGAGACUUAUCUGGGUAUCACGCGUUUCUGUUUAAUAUGCAACUAUAUAACGCGUAUCAUUGACCCUGUCGCGUCCAGAUGUUCCAAGUUUCGGUUCAAGCCAUUAAACAAUGAGAAUGCAUUACUGCGUUUGCAGCAUGUUGCAUCUGCAGAGAAUGUCCAGUUAGCUCCAAAUGAAAAGGUGCUUUCCGAAAUACUUCGCAUUGCAGAUGGUGAUUUACGGAAAGCCAUAACCAUCUUGCAGAGUGCAGCAAAAUUACACACAUCCUUGAAUAAUAAUAGCAGCAAUAAUGGCAAUGAAGAUAAUGACAUGGAUGUUGAUAGAUACAUUGAUAUAGCUUCCAUUCAAGAAAUAGCAGGAGUGGUCUCGGAUCCAGUGAUAUCCCAAUUGCUUGUCUCUACUGCGUCGAAAGAUAGACACAGAUUGUUUGCCAACGUUAAUAAUAUCAUCCAAGAAGGUUGGAGUGCUCAACAGUUACUUGACCAAUUGCAUGACAAAUAUAUCAUGGAUGAUUCCCUAACUAAUUCCACCAAGAACGAAAUCGCAAAGGCUUUAUUUGAAGCUGAUAGAAAGCUCAACAACGGUACAGACGAACAUAUUCAGAUCUUGAGUUUGCUCUUGAGUAUUCAAUCGGUGUUGUAA